CAGUUUCUUUAUAUGGAAUAAGGUUGAGGCCUAGUCAAACCUAUUGUGGACAAUGCUGCCUGCUGCCUCGUGUUGAGCACAGCCCGCCCCCCGCACAAACUCUGCCGCGAUCUACAAAUAUCUCUUCCGAUCUCCCUGACCUCUCAAUCAUCCUAGCUCUCACUCAUGGCUCAAUCCGACUUGAGCUUUCUCGAAAUCCACCCCUUUAUCCGCGAAGGGGUGCUCGAUCGGGUCCGCGGGACGAUAUUCGGUGGUGCUCUAGGAGACGCAGUUGGGCUGUAUACAGAAUUCCUCUCCAAGGAUCUUCUUCGUGCAGCAUACCCAGAUCGCAGGUUCCAGCUGGUGGACCCGGCGACGGAGCUCAGGAAUGAUGGACAUCGCAAUAAAUUUGUUAAAACUGCCUGGACAGAUGAUACCGACCACGCACUGCUCAUAGUGUUGUCCUAUCUGCAUAAUGGGAGGUUGGAUUCGCUCGACUUCGCCCGACGGCUGCAGUUCUGGUGCGAACAGGGUCUACGGUGUCUGGACAGAUUACCACUGGGACUGGGUAGAACAGUUGGAAGAGCUGUUUGCGACCGCCGGUUCGUGGAUAGCCCUGCAGAGACGGCGUAUCGACACUGGAAGGCCUCCAACUAUACGUCUGCCGCGAACGGAUCGUUGAUGCGAACGGCCCCUCUUGGAAUAAUAUGCCUUGGAAAGACUCAAACAGAGACAUUUGACAUGGCCGCUGAGUUUUCCAGCAUCACUCACCCCGAUCCCCGGUGUCUUGUCGCCUGCGGUCUUGUUACCGCGCUCAUCCGUGAUAUUCUAGACGGCCAGCUGCGGGUGGAAACGGACCUUGAGAGAUCUAUUUCUUCAGCCGAAGCAUGCUUCGAAGAAUGGAUCAGCAGGCAAGAUCUCUCCGUCGAAGAAGCUGCUAUGUAUCCUGAGUUCGACCAUGAGGAGUACCAAAAGCAUGUAUCGGCCGAGAGCCUCGAGGAGCUUGAGCUAGACGCCGGGACGACAAUGGGAUACGUUUAUAAAGCCCUAGGAGCAGGUAUAUUCGUCCUGCGGCAAGGUCUUAGGCGCGUUAAUUCUGGCGAAUUGCCGGUGGGUCUAUUCGAAGAACUGAUUACGUCGCUGGUACUCCAAGGGGGAGACGCAGACACUAAUGCUACUGUGGCUGGUGCUCUGCUUGGCGCUCUCCUGGGGUAUAAAAGCCUACCACCAAAGUGGAAGGACGGUCUCAUGCAUGGCCGGUGGCUGUUCCAGAAGUCCGAUGCUCUGGCAUCGGUCUUGGGUAUUCAUCCCUUCCCAUCCUACGACUCUGAGAGUGAUCCGGAUAACAGACUGGAUGGAGGGAAGCCACGGCUCACCCAGGAUCAGCUUGAGCAUCGCGAACAAGAGUUUGUCAAGGGAUACCUAGCCAAGUCUGGGCCACACGCAGAUCAAAAACAGACUGGUUGGGUGAGUAGGCUGUUUUGGAGAGCAGCAGCGUGGCCGCUGGAAGGUGGGAUGUAGCGAAGUUGCCCUAAACAACGAAGCAUCAGGGAAGCAGCGAUGCACGUCUGUUAAUAACAAUUC